CGUUUAUGGAUUACAAAAUAUAAAAUAUUAAUAUUUUUGUUAGGCGCGUAGACAAAAUAUAAAAAAUUAAUAUUUUUCUUGAUAUUAACAAAAAAAAUAUUAUCUGCUUUCUUCAAAAAGGUAGUGUAAUUGGUAUUGUUAAUCACCGACCUCCAUGGCUGAUUGGUUCACUGGCUGGUAUGGAGAGAAGAAUCUCAGAAAAGGAGUCUUGAUCAGAACAAAACCACGAAUCUUCGAGCCCGAAAUAGUGGCAUGAGAAAAGAAAUUAUUCUUGUCAAGAAUGGUUUGGAGGUAGUGGCAUAUUUUAUCGAGAUGCUACAAUAUUGCCUUCCCUGCACAUGCUGAUCAAGUCAAUUUAAGCUCCAGACCCUAAUCCCAACUCAAACAAGUUGCCAUCUACCUGAGCAGCUAGCUAGCUAGACUCUGUUGCGCAGUCAAGUAUUAUGCGAGGAGGAACUGGAACUGAGUCUGUGAUGGAGAUCCAACAUUACUCUCACCAGCAUAAGCUAACAUUCAUCGGUAAUAUUGAAGACCAAACUGAUGGUGACAAUACUAUUUCUUGCCAUCUGUGUGAGGAACCAAUAACGGCUGCAAGCUACAACUGCCGUGACUGCAAUUUUUCCCUUCAUGAGAGUUGCGCAAAGCUAACCGCUCAGAUCUGGCACCGUUUUCAUAGACAACACAGGCUCAGUCUUCGUCUAGCUGCCGAGACAUGUUAUAUUUGCGGUUGCUAUUACUCAAAAAAAGGCCUCAUCUAUGUUUGUGAUGAUUGCAGCUUCAGAGUUGACGUCAAAUGUGCCUCCUUGUCAUCAAAACGCGAACAAGAAGCAGAGAGUAGUAAUCACAAACACAAGUUUGUUCUCCUCAUGAGGGCAGAGAAUAUUAGAUGCGAUGCGUGUGGCGUCGACUGUGACCUUGCUGAUUGGUUAUUACAGCCUAAUAUAUGUACUGUGUGUCAUCUUGUGGUCCAUUUUAAUUGCAGAUCAACAUCGCAGAGAAUCUCUCUUAGACAGCAUCGUCAUCCUCUCGUCCACGCUUGUGUCAUUCAAGAAAGUGAAGGUGUUAAGUCCGAAUGCAGAAUUUGUCGCGAUGAGGUGAGCACGAUUUAUGCCUGCUAUUAUUGCCCGGAUGCAGAAUGUAAUUUCGUUGUCCAUGUGAAAUGUGGAUUACAAAAUGCGAUCAGGGACCAAGAUGAAGAUCAGGCGUUAAUCCUCCCUAGACAUACUUACUCAGAUAUGGUUCUCUCUUUUAGGAAUUUGAAGAAAUUCCAGCCGCCUUGGUCCAAGAAGAUUAAACCAGAAGAAGAAGACGAUCACACAGUACCCACAGAGAUCAACCAUUUUAGUCAUCCCCACAAUUUAACCCUCUCUGACGACGAGAUUGAUGCUCACAAUAACAAGAAGUACUAUUGUGAUGGAUGCAUUCUACCAAUCUCAAACCCCUUCUACAGGUGUACAGAAUGUGAUUUCCUGCUUCACGAAACCUGCCUUCGAUUACCAACAUGCAUUAAUGCCAUGGAUAGAAAUCAUGCCCAAAUCUACGACUUAAAACCGAAGUGGGAUGACAAUGGCAUUUUCUCUUGUUCUGCCUGCCAUAAUCAUUGCCAUGGCUUCACCUACCAGUGUGAUGGAAUCAAUGGUUCCGAAAUUUGUAUUCCGUGUGUUUCAGUUCCGCACAAAUUCACACAUUCCGGUCACGAGCAUGACCUCUCUCUCGUUCGAUAUACCAGCUUUCCUUGUAAUGCUUGUGGUGCUCUUGAAAAAUCGUUCGCCUUCGGCUGCCCCGAGUGUUUAUUCGCCUUGUGCUACAAAUGCGCCACACUUCCUGCUACAAUUCAGCACUCAAGUUUUUGCGAUCAAUAUUUACUCACCUAUCACUCCAUUGAUAAAGCUUAUGGUGAGUAUUAUUGUGAUUUAUGCGAAAAGGCGAGAGAUCCAAAGCAUUGGUUUUACUACUGUGCAGAGAUUGAUUAUUGUGCUCAUCCCGUAUGUGCUCUUGGUAAGCAUCCUUACCUCAAACCAGGUCAUGAAUACCACUUACAUCCUCUCUCUUCGGUACUCCAAAGAUCUUCGGAGCACAAACUGUGUGACACUUGUAGUGAAUUCUGCGGGCUGACACUUCCGCCGAAGACAGUUGAAAGCAGCCAUGAGCAUACCGUUCACCUUGUCCAUCAAUCUUCUUAUAAACAAUAUAACAGAGAGUUUUCUUGUGAUGCUUGUCAGGAUCAGAUAAUAGGAGAGCUCUUGUUCUACUACUGUCUGGAAUGUGGAUUUAGCGGUCAUAUGAAAUGUGUUCUUGGCGAUGCCUUCAUCGAAAAUACCCUUCACCAUGAAGGUCGGAUACUCACUUUUGUCCAAAUGACAAGAAAUUAUCUUCCCUGCAUUUCAUGUGGCGAAGACUGUGAAGAUUUAUCACUAGCAUGUCCCAAUACCGAGUGCAGCUUCAUCAUUCACUAUGACUGUAGAACAAAGAUUCUGUGGACACUGUAGGUUUUUCUAUUGAUGGUGAUAAUACUGCACUGCCUUCAGCUGGGUUUUCAAGUU